AUGGUUGGCCUGGUAUCUGCCGCCGGCCUUGUCGGCUUCUUGUCAGAACCUGAUCCGGAGCUCAGAAGCUUCGCCCUCAAGCAGCUUGACAGCCAGGUUGAUCUAUUAUGGACAGAGCUUGCCGAUUCCGUGGGCCAGAUUGAAGCGCUUUACGAAGAUGAUUCCUUUCCGGAGCGCGAGCUCGCCGCCAUCGUCGCAUCCAAAGUGUAUUACCACCUGCAAGAAUAUAAUGAGUCCAUGGCGUUUGCCCUCGGUGCCGGAAAGUAUUUCAGACUGGACGACCCUGGAGAAUUCGAGGACACCAUAAUCUCCAAAUGUGUAGAUACCUUCAUCGCCCUAUCCGCCAGUCGAGAUCCGACGUUGGCCGCUGCCAACGCUGCCGCCCAGCCCCAACUUGACACGGCGUUCAGUCAAGGAGGGGAUGGUGCCGCCAGCAUGUCUGCCAGCUUAACAUCCCCCCUCACGCCGUUCUCCCAAUCCGUCCUCCCAUCAAAGUCGCUUUUAUCCAGGCAGAACACGAUAACCUUUGACCCUACUCAAGCCGGCGUCGAGCUCGGCGAAGUCGGCUCCCCCGAGCGUAUCAUUCAGGAGCGUGGUCUCCAGAAAGCCCUUACUCGUGUCAUCGAGUCUCUAUUUGAGAGAUGUUUCCGAGAAAAGCGUUAUCGUCAGGUCGUGGGAAUUGCUUUGGAGGGGCGCAACCUGGACAUUCUACGUCGCGUGAUCAAACGAGCGGCCGAGGACGAGCGAAAAGAGAACGGCGAAGCCACCAAGAAGGGCGAAGAGUUGAUGGAAUACGUGCUGGAUAUCUGUAUGAGCGUGGUGCAAGAGCGAGGUCUGCGGAAUGAGAUCCUCAAGGUCAUCCUGGAAUUGCUCAACGAAAUCCCCUCGCCUGACUACUUCGCCAUUGCCAAAUGUGUAGUUUAUCUCGACCAGCAUUCUAUGGCUUCCAAUAUCUUGAAACAGCUGAUCGAAAAGGGCGAUGCCCGAUCUCUAGCCGUGGCAUACCAAAUCUCCUUUGAUCUUUACGACAACAGCACCCAAGAGUUCCUUCGAAAGGUCCGGGAAGAACUGGCCGAACUGUUGCCGCAAGAAGAGUCAAAGCCCCAAUCCACUCAAGAUAGUGACAAGAUGGAAACCGAUACGCAGGCGAAGACCGAAGACCAAUUACAACAAGAACUGCAGAGUGCUGCCGGGGCACCGGCGCCCUCAGGAAAACCCACCUUUUCGAAGCGCGAGCAGCAGGAAGCGGUUGAGAAAAUCAGGGAUAUCUUGGACGGUCUCACAUCAAUACAUCUGAACAUUGAGUUCUUGCACAAAUCGAACCGGGUCGAUUUGUCGAUACUGAACAAGGUAAAAGAGAGCUUGGAAGCCCGCUACUCGAUAUAUCACACCGCUGUCACUCUCUGCGCCGGCUUGAUGCACGCCAAAACUGCAAACGAUACCUUUUUCCGCAACAAUUUGGAGUGGCUGGGCAAGGCUACCAAUUGGUCCAAGUUUACCGCUACGGCAGUUUUCGGUGUCAUCCAUCAAGGCAAUAUCAACCAAGCGCAUCGGCUGCUGAGUCCGUACCUGCCUAAGCCUGCUGGGGUUGCCGCCUCUCACGAUUCUCCAUACAGUCAAGGAGGUUCGCUGUACGCUUAUGGAUUGCUAUGUGCCAACCAUAAAGGCAAGGCUGUCAACUUCAUCCGAGAGAAGUUCAAGGAAGCCACCGAAGAGGUUGUGCAACACGGUGGCGCGCUUGGCCUCGGUGUUGCAGGAAUGGCUUCUGGCGAUGAGUCCAUUUUCGAAGAUCUGAGAAACGUGCUCUGGGCCGAUUCUGCCAUCAAUGGUGAGGCCGUUGGGUUGGCAAUGGGCCUCGUCAUGCUUGGCUCGGGCAAUACCAAAGUCUUGUCAGAUAUGAUCCAGCAUGCCCAUGACACUCAACACGAGAAGAUCGUAAGAGGUCUCGCAGUCGGUAUGGCUUUGAUUAUGUAUGGUCGACAGGAAGGUGCCGAUGAGCUCAUUCAGGGUCUUCUCAAUGACACCGAUCCAACCAUGAGGUACGGUGGCAUCCUGACGAUUGCCAUGGCUUACGUCGGCACGGGCAGCAACAAGGCUGUCCGAAAACUGCUCCAUGUCGCCGUCAGUGAUGUCAGCGACGAUGUUCGACGAAUCGCCGUCCUCAGCUUGGGGUUUAUUCUAUUCCGGAAACACACCAGUGUGCCCAGAAUGGUGGAGCUACUCGCCGAGUCUUACAAUCCCCACGUCCGAUACGGCGCUGCCAUGGCUCUGGGUAUCUCUUGUGCAGGCACAGGUCUUGCUGAAGCUAUCGACUUGCUUGAGCCCAUGCUGAAGGAUCCUACGGACUUUGUACGUCAAGGCGCUCUCAUCGCUCUUGCUAUGGUCUUGAUCCAGCAGAACGACGCAUUGAACCCUAAGGUUGGCAGCAUCCGCAAAGCGAUGCUCAAGAUCAUUGGCGACCGACAUGAGGAUGCAAUGUGCAAGUUCGGUUGUGCCAUCGCCAUGGGUAUUCUUGACGCGGGUGGGCGAAACUGCACGAUCAGCUUGCAAACCCAAACUGGCAACUUGAAUAUGAUGGGAAUUGUCGGUGCUGUAGUCUUCACACAGUACUGGUACUGGUUCCCAUUGACACAUUUCUUCUCGUUGUCAUUGACCCCUACUGCGGUCAUUGGCGUGGAUCAGAAAUUAGAAGCUCCAGUCUUCAAAUUCCACUGCAACACCAGACCCAGCCUCUUCGACUAUCCUCCUGAGCAACAAACUAAAGCCGAUGAAGCGCCCGAGAAAGUCAAGACGGCCGUGCUGAGUACCACCGCACAAGCGAAGAGGCGGGCGGCGAGGAAGGAGAGGCAACGAAGGGAUAGUAUGGACGUCGAUACCGUCACGCCCGUGACGCCAAAGAUCGAAAAAGGAGACAAGAUGGAUACUGACGAGGCCGUGAAAGAAGAGGCCGAAGGCAAAGAAAAGGACAAAUCCAAGGAAGAUGCAGAGAAAAAAGAGGCCGACACCCAUGCCGAAGGGAAGAAGAAAGCGGAGAAAGAGAAAGUUGGGUACGAUAUCAGCAACAUGUCCCGGGUGUUGCCUGCACAAUUGAAAUAUCUGACGUUCCCGGACCAGCGGUAUCAGCCUGUCAAGCGGCCUACGGGGGGUGUGAUGGUUGUGCUUGAUACCGAGCCGGAGAAGGAGAGAGAAAUCAUCCCGUUGUCGGUGAGCAAGGUUGAAACCCCAGCGCCACAGACAGCAGGUCAAACUCUGGGCGAGGCGGCACAGCUCCCCCAAACCCCAAUUGGUCCGAGGACGGGACGGGAGGCAGCUGCAGGUGUGGGUGCUGGUGCGGCUGCUGCGGUAGGUGUGUUGACGGCAAUCGAUGAGGAUGAAGAGGGCGUGGAGGAUGCACCUGUGCCGAGGGAGUUUGAUUAUGAGACAGAGGGUGAGCAAGAAGAGGAAGAACAAUAG